AUGUGGGCCAAGAGCUCGUAGCUAGCACACAUCACCGUGUGCCCUAUUGCUCAUUGGAAGCACAUUGGAAGAUAGUGCCUGAAUCGUCCAAGCACUGCACGGGGAUGCGCUCUUGUAAGACUGAAAGCGGUGUCCAAACCGCAUACAGGUGAAGGUCCUACAGCCCAUCUGGUGAGUUGAGCACGGCGGGGGUGAAUAGCAGCUAAAAAAUGGACGGGAAGUUUUUGGUUCUGGUCGUGGCCAUCGUUUUGCUAUGGCCUUCAUCUCCAGCAGAAUCGAAGGAUUGCUCCAGAUCUUCCAGAAUUCAGAAGAAGACUUACAAAUCUCCAGCUUUUUCUAUGGGGCCGGGAGAGGUCCAAAACCGAAACUACACGAUCGAGUUUCCCAAAGGUCAUAUCGGCGUCAAGAACUUCCAGGGAGAGAUUGUAGACGAGCUUGGGAAUCCCGUGCCUCUGAGCGAAGUCUAUUUGCAUCACUGGGUGGUAUUUGGCUUCCACCUGAAGAGCUCCGAGAGAAAAGAGCUGGUCAGAGGCGGCUUCCAUGAUCGUCUAGGGUCGUCAGCGGCUAUAAUCCCUGGAAACGAUGGAAUUUGUCAGCAAAACGUCCAUCCACAGUUCUGGGGUCUUGGUGCCGAGACGAGACACACGAGCUACUUUGUUCCAGGCUCCUAUGCUAUCGGCGUUGGCAACCCUCCAGAAGGCUACAAGGAGCUUUGGCUGCUCAACGUCCAUGCCAUCGACACGAGAGGAACAUAUGAUCCCCAAGGAUGCCUCGAGUGCCGCUGCAGCUUGUACAACGUAACAAUAGAUGCCUCUGGACAGCCUUUGAAGCAAGGUUACAAAGGCGGUUUGCAUUGCUGCUAUGAAGGGACCAAAUGUGCAAUGAAACUGGGAUUUCAAGCACCAAAGAAGACUCUUUACAUGCAAUACACCAUCGAAUGGGUGGAGUGGGACGAAUGUGUCCGGCCUGUUCGUGCUUAUAUAUUCGACAUCACAGACAGCAGGAAGCGGGAUCCAGUCGACCCUCAAGUUGGCUGCCAAGCCGAGUAUGACGUUCCCGCUUGUGACCCGUCCUCAAAUUCCGAUUGUAUUUAUCAGCUGGAGAAUCACCUGGUGAUUCCAAAAGGGGGUAGCAUUAUCUAUGGAGUAGGACAUCAGCACGCUGCAGGCAUGGGCAUAAGCAUGCACGGAGAGGAUGGUCGGCACUUGUGCUCCUCGAUUCCUCUAUACGGGAAUGGAUCAGCUCCUGGCAACGAAGAUGGCUACGUUGUUGGAAUGUCUACAUGCAUUCCUAAGCCAGGGACUCUGAUGGUCGCGAGCGGUGAGAAGCUCCACUUCUCCUCAUCUUAUAGUUCUGCCCAGGAGCACACGGGUGUCAUGGGGAUCUUCUAUCUCAUGGUGAGCGACAAUGACACUGUGUCUCUAGGAGAAAUCAAGGACGUGAAAAAUAGAGUUAAUGUGAUGGUGGUCACGCUUGGAAUCGUUGUGGUGCUUGCACUAGUGGUCGGAUUUGGCAUCUGGAACAAGAAACCAGAGUCCCAUGAAAGAUACAGUGCAUUGCUCGUUUGAACUGGCCCGCUAUGAAAUAUCUAAUGAAUAUACUUUUUAUAUAAAAAGUGGGAGGCACAUUUUUGCAGGA